CCAUAGUAAUACGAGAGUGUUGCUGCAUUUUUAGAUUUUUUUACACUUAAGGUGACAAACAUUUGUGUUUGAUCGGUUCUCCUGCCAGAUCAUGAGCAAAGACUCACAGAUGAGGGCUGCAAUAAACCAGAAGCUGAUUGAGAUGGGAGAACGGGAGCGCCUAAAGGAGUUGCUGCGGGCCAAGCUGGUGGAGUGUGGAUGGAAGGACCAGCUGAAAGCUCACUGCAAAGAUGUGAUCAGAGAAAAAGGCCUGGAGCACGUCACAGUGGAAGACCUGGUGACAGAAGUCACGCCAAAAGGCAGAGCACUGGUACCAGACAGUGUGAAGAAGGAGCUCCUGACACGAAUCAGAGCCUUUCUGGCUCAGCACGCCACCUUGUGAACGACAGCCUACGUGUCUAGUGUUUUUCAUUUUUCUUCCCCCGUUGCUUUCUUUGUUGUUGUUGUUUUGUUGUUUUUUUUAACAUGUUAUAAAUCCACCUCUCAUAUUGUUUGUUCUCAAUCUGAGCAUCACAGAUGUGUUGUAUAUUUUUUGGUUUUGGUAUCAUGUGUUUUCAUAUGUAUUUUACUUUGUUUUGCAGCAUUUUUGGACAAAAAAAGUGAAAUAAAGUCAUGACUAUUUUGUGG